CUUGAUCAGACUUAGACUGAAGGCUUAUAGUUGUAUUAGAUUCUGUACACUGUGCAGUAGCCCAUGUAAGGGUUUAUGUACUAGAACUUUAAACCACUGGUUAUGCUUUGUGUUGUGUAAUUAUAUCUUUCAUUCCAGGAGUGUACUGCACAGCUUAUCCUGAAACAUCUAAUAUCAAUAUCUAUGUGUGGUCCAAUUGGAAAUUGGAAAUUCCUUGAGCACAUGCAGGACAAACAGAAAGAACAGUUUGUGGGAAGCAGCUCCUAAUAAUGACAGGCACUUGUGGGCUUCACACCCUGCACAACACAUUCAAAGCUUGCUUCACAGAAUGGGAGUUGGAUUUAUCAAGCAUGUAUAAACUCUUCAAGGACGCCCCUGCUAGACAUGAAGACUACAUGACAGUUAAUCAAAUCAAAGAGGACUGUGACUUCCCAAUAAAGUUCUGUGGGCAUAGAUGGCUUGAAAAUCACCCGUGGUGGUGAGGGCCUUAGAUGUGUGGGAGAAGGUCAUGAAGUACAUCGGAGCAGAGGGCGAGAAAAAAGUGUCACACCCCCACAAACUAUCCUGUGAUGUUCUGGCAAAAGCAAGCAAAGACCAACUUAUAAAAGCAAAAAUGCAGUUUUUCCUAGCAAAGAUCGAUGUGAUGAACAAGGAGGUGCAUGCACAUCACAGCAAAGUGGAUGCUGGUUUUGCUGCUGAAGCAACUCUGACGGUGCUAUCCCAGCAGGAGAAAAUCAGCCCCAGACAACUGCUGGAAUUUCGAAUGGAGUGCCUGAAAGGAUUGACCGCUAUGAAUAAAAAGAUCCUAGACAAGAGUCCUCUGAAGUACUCUCUGGUUCUAAACAUCUCAUGCUUAGACCCAAGAAAGAUGUCAAAGAAGCUUGAGAUUUGUGUGAGUCAAAUGAAGAAACUCACUCACAACCUCAAUGCUAAAACCCUCGCAGGAGCCUUGGUUGCUGGGGAACUUGUUUGUCAGGAGAGGCAGCAGUUUGUGCAUACAGAGGCAAGGGCAGAAGAUUUUAGAGAUUUCAGCCCCAGUAAGACCAGGCUUGACACAUUCCUAAUGAAGCACAUGACCAAGUACAAACAUCUGCUAGAAGUCUGUAAGAAUCUACUGUUUUUUUGUCAUGGCCAGGCUGCAGUAGAACAAAGAGAUGGUGCAAGACAACCAGCACACAGACACACUCAUUGCCCAGAGGAUUGUGUAUGAUGAAGUGAGCAGUUGUGGGGGUAUCCUCCAGGUACCAAUCACUCAAGAGCUCCUCAAGUCAGCAAACAGUGCCAGGAGCAGGUAUCGCGAUUAUCAAGAACAACAGAAGAGGAAGCAGUAAACUGAUGAAGAAAAUAGAAAAAGGAAGAGAAUAGAGAACACAGAAAGCCUCAAAAAGAAAGCAAAAACUCUCAAGAACGUCAUUGAAAACCUUGAGGAAAGUGGAGACAAGAUAUCAGAGGAAGCUGAGAAAUCAAAAACCGAAAACAUGGCCCAGAAACUAGCUCAGGCAAAUGCCCUCAGGUCCAAGAGAAAAGAGAAGACAGAACUGCAAACUGUUCAAGUGGAGCUGGAGGAGACAAAAUAUGAUCUGAAGAAUGCCACUAAAAUUCCACUAACAAUGCUCAAGUACUAACAUUUGACACUAUCUAUGGUGCCAAAGAUAACAGUUAAACUGGUUAUGUUGCAAUGUUAAAGUUACAUUUUUAUAUACUGUUAAAUCAUGUGAUGCUAUGCAUGAAACUUGGCACAAUAUCCUACAGAACUUAGUCUAUUGAAACGUGUAUGUGCUCCUACAUGGAUCUUGACUUGAAUACUUUAAUAGUCAAUAUAAGACAUUAUUUAUUUUGUUGUUAUUUAAUACUGCUAGUAUAUGUCAUGAUGCUACAGGAGACUUGACAAGUUGUGCCAAUGCAUAAAACUGGUAACGGUAAGACAGCACUGUUUGUUGGGUAGUUGUACAGUGUGAUGUUACAUCCAACCUGUUGUUGAUGUACAGACAUCAGGAUCCUUUAAAACCUGACCUGACAAAUCUGUGGGAACAAUCAAACUGGGAACCAGGCAAGUAUUAAUGGGCUGAAUAACCUCACCCCUUUUGACUUUUUUAAUGUUGAUAUGUUUCGUGAAAAAAAAUAAUAAUUACGGUAUUACAAAAGGCAAUGGUGGCAUCUACAAGAUAAUAAGCAAAAAAAAAGGUUUGUGGGAAAAUAAUAUAAGUAUAAAAACCCUUCUUUCUUCAGUGCAAAUAACAGCAAAAACACAAUUUCAUAUUCAACACAACAAAGAAAUAGUUCAUCAAUUUGUACUACACCUGCACUGUCUAUACUAGUAAUGUUUUUCCAAUACUUAAACACUUUAUUUAUGAACCUUAACAACGCCUGGAAAUCAUAUUGUUGAUCACUACUAUUAAAAUAACUUAAAAAAAACAGUUCAAAAGUCAUUGUUUUUCCUGGGACGGUUUCAGAUGUAACACAAUGAUGUACCUGGCUACAAAGCUGGCAGCAUAUACCGGUAGAUCACAUGACUUUUCCUCUUCACAAUAUUUUCAUUAAUAUUAUUAUUAUUAUUUGUUUAUUUAGCAGAUGCCUUUAUCCAAGAUG